AUGGGAUCAGAAAAUAAUGUGUUUGUGGUCUGUUCUUUGMUAGAUAUGUACUCAAAGUGYGGGWGUGUUGAUGARGCCUUCUUUAUAUUCAAUCAGAYGGUCGAAAAGAAYAGYGUGUUGUCAACUUCGAUGAUCAUGACUUUUGCUCAAUGUGGUAGAGGCUCAGAUGCGUUAAAGCUCUUUGAGAUUUUGUUGAUUGAAGAAGGUUUCUUGCCAGAUCAUGUCUGUUUUACUGCAGUUUUGACUGCCUGCAAUCAUGCUGGAUUUUUAGAUGAGGCAGUUGAAUAUUUCAAUAAAAUGGGCAGCGAAUACGGAUUAGAUCCUCAAAUCGAUCAUUAUGCUUGUUUGAUUGAUCUCUAUGCCAGAAAUGGCCACAUAGAAAAAGCCAAGCAAUUAUUGGAGCAGAUGCCUUACGAAUCUAAUUACGUCAUGUGGUGUUCCUUAUUAGGCGCUUGCAAAGUUCAUGGCGAGGUCGAGCUCGGGAGGGAGGUCGCAUAUCGACUCAUUGAGAUGGAUCCAAGUAAUGCUGCACCUUAUGUUACACUUGCUCAUAUCUAUGCUAGAGCUGGUUUGUGGGGUCAGGUGGGAGAUAUUAGAAAAAAGAUGCAACAAGAAAAGGUAAGGAAAAGUGCAGGGUGGAGUUGGAUUGAGAUAGAUAAGAAAUCUCAUGUCUUCUCAGCUGGUGAUGCAACUCAUCCUAAAUCCUUUGAGAUUUAUUCAAAACUUGAUCAACUGGACUUGGAUACGAAAUCAGCUGAACAUGCAUCAAAAGCACUUCAGUAUGAUGAGUUUUAUUGCCACUGAUGGAAUAUAGUUGUUAUUGGAACUGAGAAUCUUGUUCUAAAGUAGAAUCAUGUUUGCAAUGAACUUUAGGAUGAGUGAUUCAAUCUACUAUAAUCACACAUGUU